AUGACAUAUUGUCAACAUUUGACGGAACUAGAAGCGGAUAUAUCUCUUAGAUUCAAAGAUUUGUUUGAUUUGGAAUUUGAAGCAUGGAUGAUUGAUCCGUUUUCAUGUGUGCCAGAAGAUAUGAACGAAACAAUCCAAGAAGAGAUAAUUGAAUUGAAAUAUAAUGAAGAAUAUAUUCACAGAUUUCAACAGGAUGGUAUCUCUAAAUUUUGGCAAUCAAAAGAUCUACAAAUGAAAUUUCCAAAUUUAUGGAAGGAAAUGAGUAAUGUACUAUUGGCAUUCCCUACCACUUAUUUAGUUGAAAGUGGAUUUAGUUUUGUCAAUCAUAAUACACAAUGUGAAAAAAAUAGACUGGAAGUGUGUUAUAGAGGCGAUAUACGCCUAAAGUUGAGCAGAAUUAAACCCGACAUAGAAUAUUUAGCGAGUAAACAUCAAUAUCAAGGGUCUCACUAA